AUGUACUAUGUGUACAAGAUUCACGUAUCUUCUGUUUUUUGCUUAUCUACCGGAUUUCCUCAGGGCUCUGUAUUAGGACCAAUGCUUUUCACACUUUUCAAAUGUCAGCACGGCCACCAAAGCACCCAUUUAAACGCCAUUUUAAAGAACCAUCUUACCGGCUUAGGAACAUUAAACAACUUAGGAUUUACAAGUUUCAAUGCGUAUUCGAACCCAGCGCUGCAGUUUGUCCAAUCUGUCGUUUCCAACCUGUCAAGCCAGACAUCAGAUAUGAGGUACGGCUUUAUAAGGUUUGAAUCGAUCGCUGAAGAGAUGUUCUCACUGGACACUUACAAUAACAAUACAGCGGCCACUUUAAACGCUAUCCACAAAAUCGACUAUCCAUACGACAGAGAUACUAACAUUUCUGGAGCAAUUUGGAAAAUGCACGACAUGUUUACAAGGAAAGCGCGGAAAGGAGUUACUAAAGUGGGAAUAUUUAUAUCUGACGGAGAAUCAAAAAUUGAUGGUCAAUAUGUAGCCCAGUAUGCAAGAGAGGCCAGGGAAGACAAGAUAACAAUCAUCGUUAUCGCGAUAACAGGUCUCUGGCUGCAACUGGACGAAUUGAAAUUAAUCGCAAGUGAACACAAACAUAAGCAACUUUUACAUAAUAUAACAACUUACUCUGAAUUAAACUCGCAACUGGAAGAAAUAGUGGCAGACACGUGCCAAGCUACUGAAGACUCAACACCAAAGUCAUUUUGUGAAGAAAAUAAAGAUAUCUUAUUUUUAAUCGAUGGUUCCAUAAUAAGCUACCAAGACGUGUUGAAAGUCAAAUUGUUUUUAAAAAGUUUUUCGUUAGGUGUCAGUCUCAAAAGCUCACGCAUUGGAGUGAUUGUUUACUCAAAUGUCGUUGAGUACAAAAUUCCUCUGAACAUUUUCAACUCUUCAACAACUUUCUCUGACAUGGUGGACACAAUAACCGUGCAGAACAACCAGAGGGCAGAUUUAGCUGAAGCUUUAAAAACUGCCGGGAAGAUUUUAAAUUUGGACUAUCGACAGAGGAUUGUAAUAAUUAUCACUAACAGAGGUUCGAGUGAGGAGAAGGCUGCGAUUGAAAAUGCAGUGUUGGUGAUCAAUUGA